AUGGCCUUCUCCAACGCUUUGAGUGGGCGAGUCGAAGACCUGCGCUUCUUGAGGCCGAACAGCGAUAGCCUGAACGAGCUUUCCUUCUCUUCGAACCUCUCGAGCAAACGCGAUUUGGCUCCCUUCUAUUCAUCGGACGUGCGUAGCUCCCUGCAAAGACGCUUUACCACCGAUUCAAGCAAGUUGGGCCUCAACCGUGCAUCCUUCGGUCAGCAGUACUCUUCAUUGGCCUCAGCAUCGCAGAAUGAGCAGAAGCAGAUUUUUGAGGACAUUCAAAUAGCCCGUCGUAAGGCGCAGGAGCAGCUUGCCCUGCUUGAUGAGAAGGAACGGAAGCUCCAGAUGGGCAAUGCAAGUCAAGAUGUUGAUCGUUUUUCCACUGGCUUCCAGCGUAUGAGCCUGAAUGGCCCUGUGAGUGAGCCCACUACACCUCCGGACUACGCAGAAGAUGUGUUCUCCACGAGGUACUCUCGCUCUAGUCGCGUGUCCGUGAGCAACGUCACAUCGCCUCCAGGACUUUCCAAGCGAACUUCAACGGCAAGCUCCAAAAUCAUGUCCCCUCCAGGCAAUCGCAUGUCUAUGUCUGGGCUGUAUUCAACUCACAGACAGUCCACCAAGUCUAUGCCCGGUUCGCGGCGUGGCUCUGAUGAGGAGGAAGAUUACCUUGAUCAGUUGCCUACAAACCGAUCUGCAGCUGCUCUCAAUAGGUUCUCGAUGCCCGUCAAUGGGUCCAGACACAGCGCAGGUGCUGCUAUUAGGCGCAACGCAGCUGCCUUGAACGAUCCCAAUGUCAUCUACGACGAUGACCCAAUUCACAACACUUACUCAGCAUUAACUGGUGGCGUUGACGAGCCUUUCCCAACACUUAGUCGUGACGGAACUCGGUUAUCUGCAAAUUUCGCUGCCGCUGAGAUUGCCAAUUCUACCCUGCUCGAAGAACCAGGGUAUAUUUACGAAACAAGGACCCGUCCUGGCCAUACUAGUAUGCCACAUACCGACUCUAGCAUGUAUCGACCUGUUCUAAGUGGAUUCGGUAGCCCUCCAGAAGGCAGCGAUCUGUUACAGAGGAACCAACGUCAUUCAACCGGUGUCACUUACGACGAGUCCCCUCCGGUUACAAAUACCAUCUCGUCGUCCUCUCGUCCCAAUGUAUUGCAAACUUCCUUCUCAAGCAACGACGUCCCAACUGUGAAGAAAUCUUUUGGUAUAGAGACUGGCGCUCUAUCGCAGCCCGAUUCUCAAUUUCACGCUCAUAACGUUAGUCUUGGACGCAUCCCUAUUGGAGCACUGCCCAAUCGACAGAGUCGAGAAGUUGGAAAGAUCGGUUACAAUAUUGGAUCUACUAAAUCCGAAGAACAGACUUUUGGUCUUCUUGGAUCUACUUCAUUGCAAGCAAGUGCUGCACCUUUCGGACCGGGCUUUUCUGCCGAUCUCACAGUCUCCGGCUUGACUAGCCCCGUCGAAGCCUUUAGCCCACCAAUGUAUCAGUACAACAUGGCUAGCUACAACGUCGGCAAUGCUGCGGCAUCACAACCGAUGUCUGCACAGCCUGGAUUUACUACAUUGCCUAAUAGUCAGUCCUACGGCCGUCAAGACGCGAGGAAUGGACGACGAGGGCAGGACGCGUCACGAUUCGAUAAUGUCCCCUGGGAAACUCUGAUCACACAGCUUUAUUCCAUGAGUCGAGAUCAGCACGGCUGCCGCUAUCUUCAACGCAAGCUAGAGGAGGGUAAUCCAGCUCAUAUCGAGGAAAUCUUUCGAGAGACCUGCCCUCAUAUCAAAGAAUUGAUGACCGACCCAUUCGGCAAUUACCUAUGCCAGAAGUUGUUCGAGCACUGUAACGAUGAACAGAGGACAACGCUGAUUGCUGAAGCUGCACCAGCACUUCCGAGCAUUGCUCUGAACCAACAUGGUACACGCGCACUACAGAAGAUGAUUGAGCACCUUCGAACUGACCAACAAAUCAACAUUGUCAUCCAGUCUUUGUCCCACAAAGUGGUGGAGAUGGUGCAAGAUCUCAAUGGCAACCACGUGAUUCAAAAGUGCCUGCAGGUACUUGGUGCAGCGCGAUGUCAAUUCAUCUAUAGCAGUGUUGGUGCGUCAUGUGUCAUCGUUGGCACUCAUCGACAUGGUUGCUGUGUCCUUCAACGAUGCAUUGACCACGCUCAAGGCUACCAACGUGGCGAAUUGGUUGCACAAAUCACGCGAUGUGCUUUUGAUCUGGUGCAAGAUGCCUAUGGCAACUACGUUGUGCAGUACAUCCUGGAUCUGGACGAGAUGCUCUUCAUUCGACCGCUCUGCCAGAGUUUCCGCGGCAAGAUUGCUGCUCUUUCGAAGCAGAAAUUCAGCUCAAACGUCAUUGAGAAGUGCUUGCGAGUGGCUGACGCGGACACCAGGGCAGAAAUGCUAGACGAGAUUCUGGCAGGAAACGAACUUGAGAGAAUGCUACGAGAUUGUUUCGCCAACUAUGUUGUGCAAACUGCUCUGGAGUACUCUGAUCAUCGUCACAAGCAGCGAUUGGUAGACUUGAUAACACCAGUCCUACCAGCCAUCAAGCAGACUCCUCAUGGUCGACGCAUCGCUACAAAGAUCCAGACCAUGAAGGUCAGUCCAACUCCAACCACAAUGGACAAUGGCUACCAGGGAGCAAGGUCCACUAACCGGAGACAAAUCCAGAUCAACGGAGGUGGUUUCGUCUAUGGUGGUCGUGGCUAUCCUACCCAACAAUUCUCUCCUGACGACUAUGCAUCUGGAUCCUCGAACACGAUGCACCCUCUAGGUUUCACACCAAACCAGAACGGCUUUGCUCCCAACUACAACUCCGGAGUGGGUACAGGCAGCUACAUCUAA